UCUCAUUCUCUCUCCCAUUGAUGCGCCGAGGCGUGCCAGUGUGUCCAUGUGAUGCAGGAAGGAUGUGUCCUAAAAGAGUUUGCAUCGAGCCCAAAUGCAUCACUUCUGAGUCCGAUCACCGCUCAGCACUCAUCUUCGGAUAUUCCCCCUUUCGCUUUGUAGUUACAUCGGGUGAAAGGGAAGAAACCGAAGAGAACGAGAGAAGGAUUGUGAAAUGGGAGCUACGGCAUCAUCCGCGCAACGGGACAGCAGAUGUGAGGAGGACGCAGCGGCGGAGGAGCUCACUGCAGCGGCGAGCGAUGCUCAGGAUGACGGCAGUGCUGAUGACAAGUUAUUACAGAAAAACGGGCAGAUCUCCAGUUUGAAUGUAAAGACAAGGAACCAUGCAGAUGAAUUAAAUGGCAACUUUGAGGAGAGAGUACUUGCAGAUGUUGGCUCAGGGUUUGUUACUUUAAAAGAAGAUGGCACAGAAACAAUUGAAGACCUCCAGGAAAUGGAUGCUCUUCAACCAGUCAUGAAGAAUGAGAGCACAGAGAUGCUUGAUGCAGAUAGUGUGACUGUAAAGGAAGAAACUAUGGAGGACAACCAAGUGAAUGAUAUCAAUGACGUUGGCUUCAAAAAAAUCUUCAGAUUUGUUGGAUUUAAGCUUACCCUAAAAAAAGACACAUGUGAAAAGACUGAAGCAAAUGAACAAGAAGAAAAAGUCACAAGUCUCUCAGAGGACUCCAGUGACACCCAGGAGAACAGUGCAGUGGCAGCAGAUGAAAACACACCUGAAGAGACUCAAAAAAGUGAGGUAUCUUCCCAGCCUGAUGCAACUGAACCCUCUCAACAAACAGAAAAGGAAAAGGAGCUGGAUCAGGACAUAAAGAUAGUGGAGCAUCAUGUGGAGGACACACCUGAGAAAGAACUGGUAAAAGAACUGGUAAAAGAAGCAAGUCCUGAGCCGGAGGAACCGAUGUCACCAAUCAAGCAAUUCUUUACACAAGGAAUCUUUGCCAGUUUAAGAAAGAAAAAGAAAGAAGAGGAAAUGCAAAAAGAGAGUAAGGAAGAGGAACUCAAAAGAAUUGAAAAAAUGGGUGUAGAAGAGGCAGAAAAAGAAGACAGUAAAUGUAUGUGCCUUGAUAUUCCUUAUAUUACUUCACAGGAAGAAAAAGAUUCACAGGAGAAGGAUAAUGACGAGUUGUUACCUGAAGGAGAGCUUCAGAAUUCUCUAGAGAAAGAUAAGGUACAAGGAAGUCCACUUAAAAGACUUUUCAGGAAAUUUUCCACAAGAAGGCAGAGAGAAAGUAAAGCUGCAGAAAAGGUGAUUGAGGCUGAGGAACAAGUCUCUGAACAGCCGAAACCAUCCUCGGAAUUGACAGAGCUUGCAAAAGUUGAGGAAACAGUGGUUGGGGAACCAAAACAUGCUGAAGAGGAGCUGGUGGCUGAUGUAAGCCCUCUAGAGUCCAAAAAGAAAUCUGACACCACCGUUUCCUGGGAGGCACUGAUUUGUGGUGGCUCUGCUAAAAAAAGGGCUAGAAAAACAAAUGAGGAUGAAACGCCAGACAAAGGAGAGGAAUAUGAGAAAACAACUGACUCUCCACUGGGAAGUUCCAUUGAGGGUGAUUAUGAUCAUCUCACAUCAUCUAAUGAACAAACUGGAAGUCCUGCAGAGGGAGAGAUGGGAUCCACAUGGAAAACAUUUAAAAAAAUGGUCACCCCAAAGAGAAAGGUCAGAACUGGAGAAAGUAGUACCCCUGAGCAGAUACCUUCAGACAGUGAGAUGAACAAAGACGAAUCAUUUUCUAUGAAGAAACUUAUUCCAGGGCAUAAAAAGAGAAAAUCAGAUGCAAGGAAAGACCAAACAUCCUCCGAUGAGGGUGCUAAGGAUCAUGAAACAGGUGAUGAAGAUGAUGAAACCCCAGCUAUUAUUCCUCUGUCUGAGUAUGAAAUAAUUGAGCCUGAAAGUCUGAAGGAGGUGAAUGAACAACGAGUUGAAAUCACAAUAGAACACGAGAUGCCAGAGAUGACUUCACAAGUGUUAGAACAGGACACAUCUAAUAACUUAGUGCCCAAAAUUGCAACUAAAAUUCCAACUAACACUGGACCAACAGUCAUACAUGGAUUAUCAGAGGACUUUGAAGAACUUACAGACUUUGUGAGCAAACAUCAGCAACUGAGUGAUAUUCCAGAAGAAGGCAUCAAUGAGGAAAGCAUUGAAACACCAGUAUCAUCUACUGAGUGGACAACACAGGAUGACACCUUAGCUGAGGACAUUGUGGAGUUGACAGCUGAUGCGGUCACUGCUCCAGAACCAGCAAGUGAACAAUUUAUUGGGGAUGACACUACUGAAAUGGUCUCGGCAGUCUCUCAACUAACUGAAUCUCCCAGGUCAUCUGGACAUGUUACACCAGUGUCAGCUGAAUAUGGCAUACAAACAUCAGAUGUGAUCCUACAGGAAGCUUUUCAAUCCAUUUGCAUGACUCCAAGUGUUCAAUCAGUAACUACAAAAGAUGAAAGCCAAGAAUCUCUGGCCGUGUCAUUUUCACCUUAUAUUGUACAGUCAUCCACAACAGAGGAAACAAAGGUUUUGGUUGCACAUAAGAAAACUGAGGCAACAGCAAUAUGUACAGGCCUAGUAUCUCAAGAAAUAGAAUCUGUUGAAGAACAUCUCCCUGUACCCUUUGUGGAGGCAAUACCUGAAGUAUGUGAUGCUGUCCCAACUGAAUUAGUCUCUGAUAACUUUACAGAUGAAACUAAAACUGCAGGACUUGGGACAGAUGAGGUCUAUGAAGCUGAAAUUAAGGAAGUGAAGACUGAGUAUCAGAAAGUAAUUGUAAAUGAAAAAGAAUCUGCCACUGAAACUGAGCUAACCGCAGAGCAAGUCAUUCAAUUAGUGGCAGAGCCUCUUGUGGAAGAAUCAGAGGAAACUCAUAUAGAAGACAAAAAAGAGGAACAUACAACAAGUACUGAAUGCAGAGAGGUGAUUGAGACGAUGCAAAGUGAAGCUGGGCUGGAUCAGGUUUUAUCAGACUACACCCAUGAUCCUGAAACAGAGUGUCCACUGCAUUCUGUGUUAGAGGAACCUGUGUAUGAAGGACAAGUAGCUGCUGAACCUGAAAAAGAGCUGACGCCCUUAGAUGUUGAAUUGUCAGCUGCUGAGUUUGAGCAUGCUGCACCCACGGAAGUAGUUGUGUCUUUGACACAUGGUGAUGUAGACAACAUUCCUGACACUACCACAAGUAAAGAAGUCAAAGCUAUUGAAAUCAUUGCCUCUGCUGUGGAGUGUCUGGAAACCAAAGAGACUGUUAGUAUUGUAAGUCCAAUUUCAGAUCACAUACAGUCAGAAACAUUGGACUUAGAAGAGAGUUUAAAAUUAAAAGCAGUUGAAUCAGUACACGUUGAUGUCUGUGAAACAAAAGUUGACGUAAAAGAUGGAGUCUUAUUAGCAGGUGAUUCAGCGGUGACUGUGGAGGACAUCAGUGAGAAAACAGAAGAAAAUGAUUAUGAAAAAAUGGCACAGCUGGACAUUAAGGAAAUACAUGUAGAAGAAGAGACUGGGGAUGCUGUUGCUUCAGACGUUGUUGAAAAUAUUGAGGUUGAAAAUACUUCAGAAGCUGUAGAUGAAUCAUUAGACAGAGAACAGUUGCCAGCCAAGGAGGUGUCACUUCCAGAACCAGCAUUAGUUGAAGAGGCUGAAGAGCUCCAUAAAGAAGACAUUGAUACAAAUUUGGAUGAUAACAAAGUGAAAGACAGUGCAACUGACAGAACGGAUGGGAUAUUUGUGAAAGAGGAAGAGGAACAUGCAGUAAAGGAAGGGCAACCUUUAACAAACAUUGAAAGCAAUGAAACAGAGAAUGAAGAUGUUUCUGCUCACACAAAUACUACUGAUGAAUCUCCUGAAAUAAUCGUUGAUGCAGGAAGUGAAAAUGGAGACAUGGUUCAUGAAAUAAGAGAAUGCACAGUUGUUCCUGAGUUUUCAAAAGAUGUAUCCGAGCGCACAGAAACACCAGCCAAGCUUGAAGCUAGUUCUGAAGUCAUACUGAAACCUCUAGAGUUGGUGUUGCCAGAAGUAGAAGCAAAACCUUUAGCAACAGAAAUUGUGGUUUCUCAAACGGAAGACUGGAGUCAAGAUACCAAACCAAGUCCAGAGAUUUCCAAAGAGAAUGCACAACCAGUGACAACUGAGAAUAUUAAAACUGGUAAAGUUUUAGAGAUGGUUGCCAUUAUAGAGAACACAACAAAACAGUCUGGUAAAGAGAAACCUAUAGAGUCUGAACCUGUAACACAGGUACUCGAAAAAUCUAAGCUACCAAAGGCAACAGAACAAGAGGGUAAAGCAAUAGAUGGUGACCAGGCCCCAGCAAUGACAUCAUCAGAAAUGAAAGAUAUGGCAGUUCCAGAAAAAAAACAUACAAUGGCUGUUGCUCCCAAACCAGAACCUGAAGGGUUUGAUUUGAGGCCGACUAUGAUUGAAGUGGCUGCAAUCACAGUGCUGGCACAAAAUUAUACUGCUACAGAAAUAGAGGUUAGUAAUAUGAGCGAACAGAACAAUGAAGCAGAUGAAAACGCUAGGCUAAAAUGUGAACCUCUUGAACAGGUAACAGAAAAGAAGUCAAAUGAUUUGCAGGUAGACAAGACCGAAAUUAAAGAUGAAAUACCAGCAGUAAUGGAAAUGACCCCCAUUGCACAGGUAUCACCACUGACCUCUGAAGUUGCAUCAGAAAUGCCAGAAGUUGCUGUUUCUGAGAUACAAACACAAGUAGUGAGUGAACUCAGGGCUGAGACGCUUGAAGUGACAGAACCAACGGUAGAAAUUCCAGUGGUAACAGAAGUGAAAGUAGAGACAGCUGUAGUAACUGAACUGCAAGUGGAGACACCAGUUGUCACAUCAGUGGUUACAGAACUUGAAGUAGAAACACCAGAGGUUACAUCUAUGGCAAAAACAACUGAUACUCUCAAUUCUGCUGUUGCGUCACAAAAUCAAAACAUAGAUACUGACACAUCAGUGUUGACAACAGUGAUCAAAGAACAAGUGGUGGAGAUUCCCACUGAUGUUUCUGUGGUAGUGACACCAGCUACACCUCUAGAUGAAACACCCGUUGUAACUCUAGGCAAUGAGUCAAAGGAUGUACCUCCAGUAAAAGACACACCUGCUGUGACUGAAGCAGUAGAAACACCAAAUGUUGAAUCAGUGAUUGUGAGGACUGCUGUGGCCCCAGCAGUAGAGAUACAGAAUGUGAUUCCAGUGGAAGCAACACCAGAUCUUGGGUCAGUAAUAGUAAUAGAAGCUGCAUUUCCAGUAAUAAGUACAGCAACAGUGACUACAGUAGCAGAAGCAACAGUUUUGAGCACAGUUGUAGAAACACCUGUUUUUUCUGUCACAGCAGUAAAAUCAACUCCAGCUGUGGUAGAGAAAACAGCUGUUUCACCUGUAGUAGAAAUCCCAGCCACAUUAACAUCUGUUGUGCAGACUCCAGCUGUUGUUUCAGUGGCAGAGAAUGUACCUCCAGAAGAGGUUACACUAGAUGUGACCCCAUUUGCAGAAACACCUGUGAGCCAAGUAAUUGAAACUCCUAUUGUUUCCAUCACAUCAGUAAAACCAACUGUACCUGCAGUGACAAAGACACCAGUCACUGAGAUACCAGCUAUGAUUUCAGUGACAGUAGCAGAAGCUGUAUCUCCUGUAGUAGUUACAUUGGCUGGAACUCCAGUAGAACCAGAAACAAUUAUGAUGCCAGAAGUAGAAACUUCAGUAGUAACUUCAACUGUAGAGACAUCACUUGUGACACUAGUGGUACAAACACCAGCUCAGAUUUCAAUAAUUGCAACAGAUGCAGGACUUCCAGUUACACCACCAGCAACUGCAGCAUCAGAAACAUCAGCUGUGAUCCCAGCUGUAGAAACUCCUGUUGUAAAGUCAUCUCCAGUUGCAGUGGAUGAGACUCCAGUUGUGACCCCAGUGGUACAGACACCAGGUCAGGUUUCAGUGAUGGUAACAAAGACUGUCCCUCCGCCAGUUGUUUCAGCAGAGACUGCAGCAGCAGCAACUCCAGCUGCAGUGGAUGAGACACCAGUUGUGACCCCAGUGGUACAGACACCAGGUCAGGUUUCAGUGAUGGUAACAGAAACUGCCCUUCCAGCAGUUGUUUCAGCAGCAACUCCAGCUGCAGUGGAUGAGACACCAGUUGUGACCCCAGUGGUACAGACACCAGGUCAGGUUUCAGUGAUGGUAACAAAGACUGUCCCUCCGCCAGUUGUUUCAGCAGAGACUGCAGAGGUAGAAACACCUGUUGAGAUCCCAGUACUAGAAACUCCUGUUGUAAGGUCAACUCCAGCUGCAGUGGAUGAGACACCAGUUGUGACCCCAGUGGCACAGACACCAGGUCAGGUUUCAGUGAUGGUAACAAAGACUGUCCCUCCGCCAGUUGUUUCAGCAGAGGUAGAAACACCUGUUGUGAUCCCAGUAGUAGAAACGCCUGUUGUAAAGUCAACUGCAGUUGCAGUGGUUGAGACACCAGUGAUGACCCCAGUGGUACAGACACCAGGUCAGGUUUCAGUGAUGGUAACAGAGAUUGCACCUCCAGUAGCUGUUUCAGCAGUGGCUGCAACAGUAGAAACACAUGUUAUGAUCCCAGUAGUAGAAAGUCCAGUAGUAAAGCCAGCACCAGUUGCAGUGGUUGAGACACCAGUUUUGACUCCAGUGGCACAGACACCAUGUCAGGUUUUAGUGGCAGUAACAGAGGCUGCACCUCCAGUAGUUGUUUCAACAGUGACUGCAGCAGCAGAAACACCUGCUGUGAUCCCAGUAGUGGAAACUCCAACUCCAGUUGUUGUGGCAGAGACACCAGUUGUAACCCCAGUGAUGACACCAACUGUGAUUCCAAUAGCGGAAAGGUCAGUUGUGAGCCUAGUAAUAGAAACUACCGCAGAAGCGCCGACUGCAAUUGCAAUGGCAGAGAGACCUGUUAUGAUCCCAGUGGUACAGACACCAGCUCUGGUUUCAGUGAUUGCAAAAGAGGCUGCACCUCUAGUAAUUCUACCAGCAGAGAAUGCAGGAGCAGAAACAUCAGUUGUGAGCCCAACAGUAAAGGUAAACCCACCAGUGGCAGUGGCAGAGACACCAGUUCCAGUACCAGAAGCACCUUCUGUGAUCCCAGCAGUACAAACACCAGUUGCAGAGCAGGUAGCACAGACACCAACAUCAGCCGUGCCCUUGGUAAAGGCAACAUCAGUUGUGACUGGGAUGGAGGCACCCGCUGUGACUACAGUAGCCCCUGUGAUGAUGACACCAGCUAUUACCCCAGUUGUAGCUCCACCUGUUGUGACACCAGAAGUAAAGAAAGCAAUGUUGCAGGUAGUUGAACAGGAGAAAAAGGAACCAAAGGCAGAAGCUUCAGUUGUGUCUAACGAUGUUGAACCACCAUUUGUGGUUGCGAAAGAGGUAAAGACAUCAGUUUUAACUGAAGAGUGUGUAUCAGAUGAAGAAAAUAGGAAGGCUUCCUUGCAGCAUGAGCCUGUGGUUACUUCAACAGAACCUCAGUCAGAGGUAGAGGAGGAUGUGUGGGAGGAUGCUGUAGAUAAUAUUGGAGAUUCCCCGUGCCAGAUGACAUACACAGAGGGUGCACCCCAAGAUACUGCUGCUAAACAAGCAUUUGAUGCUGCAAUUUGAUAGUGGCGUGCUAAACCAGUUGAAAGAUUUGAAUGAGUUGGUGCAAGUUUAAAAAGGAAAAUUCACAACAUUUUACACCUGGAAGAGGCUGUGUUCAGCACAAAAUCAGCUGGGACUCACAUUUCUCUCAACAAAGAAAUGACCAAACCACUGAGAAGUAAAAUUGGAUCAUUAAAGUUCCAUUAAGCAAAACUGAAAUCAAAAACAGUAGUUAUUCAGUGGACAGGCUGUUCUUUGACCAAUCACUACAUUUUUACAUUUUACUUUGAUGCAGAAAAUAUUUAAACAUAUGUAACCCUUCAAAAGCAGCUAUUUUGUCAUAUUUUUACUAAGGAUAUUUGUCAAUGUAUGAAUUUUUUAUCCUGAUUCAGACAUCAGCGUAAGUUUAUGCCACAUUAUAUAAUGUUGUAUUACAUAUCUAAAACAAAAGGUUAAAAUGUUAAAAUAUAAAACAUUUGUACACAUGCAUUAUAUCCAGACCGUUUGCCAUGUUUAGCAUAAGAAAAUAAUUGUCAUUGUGGAAGGACGUGCAAUGCCUGGUAUUUAAAGAUAUGUACUAAAUCAAAGGUAAUUUUGUUUUGAACCACCAUAUGCCUCUACAUAUGAUAUACAUCAAGAAGGAAUUUAUUUUAUACUCUAAAUAUGAUGCACACUUUACCAAAGCUAUAAUGAGCAAAUCACAAUCAUGCUCUAUCAAAGAGAGGUUUAGACAGAAUUCAGUCAGAUAUAGUCACUUAAUGACUGAAAAUGACAGAUAGUUUUAAUUUGUUUUACAAAGAACAGUCAAAAUCUUAUCAAACUCAUGAUUUAUUUUUGUUGCCAUAUAAGUUACAAAUUAUUUUUGUAAUUUGCUAUUUUAAUUUACAGAAAAUAUUUGACUAAAGUUCUGCCAUAAAAAUGUAAGCAUGCAAACUAAUGUUGGAAUUACUGGCUUUUGCCCAUGUGUGUUUUUUCCCCCCAGAGGAGCACUUCACAUAUAUAUAUAAAUGUUCUGCUUAAUGAUCAAUACACUUUGUAGUACUGCAUACUAUCAUUAAACAGUUUAGCAUUUUUGUUAUUAUACAAGCUGCCUUGCCUGUUUUAAGGGCAUGUGCAUCUGGACUGAUAAAAUAAGCCAUUGCAGUAUUGAAAUCAAAAUUUUAACUUAUUCUAAUAUAUUGCUAAGUGUUUGAAACCAUCUGUACAGAUUGAUUAUACAGACUAUGCCUCUUUGAAGAAAUUGCAAUAUUAACAAUCAAUUAAAUACAAGAGUGUAGUAUUGUUCCUGGAUUUUGAGACAUUUAAAAAUGUAUGGUUUAAUACA